AUGAAGGCCAGAACAGGCGUUGCUGCCGCUGUUGCGGUUGCUGGCGCUGCUGCACAGGUCCCAGCUUCAUACGGACCCGGAGUGCCGUCUAGCGCGCCCGUAUCUUACACGACAGUCACCGUCGAUGAUUGUCCGACCUCAUCCCUGGCAGUCUUGAUCACUGUCACGAGCGGUACGACGGUUACUUACUGCCCCGAAUGCGAGCACCAAACGCAACCAGCACCAACCGGCCCAGGCUACACCACAACAUACACCACCGUAUACCAGUCGCUGUGCCCGACUGGUCUUGUGCCUGCGACAUAUACCGUCACCGAGAGCUGCACAGACGACAAGCCUACUUUCACUCCCGGCCCAGACCACAUUCCAAAUGGCUUCACUGUCACUGUCAAGGAGUGCAGCGUGUGCGACAAGACCCAACCCCACGUCACCAUCACCGAGCCAUGCGGUUGCGAAGCGACAAAGGGUACUUCGGUCGGCCCAGCUAAGACCCCAGCUAAGCCCACCCCGACUGGCGGCAACGUCCAGCAGGUGAGAUUCCACUCCAUGUCGUUGAAUAAAGCUGUAGAUUGAUUCUAACUGCUCGCGUUCUAGAUCUCUGACGGUCAAGUCCAAGUCCCAACUGGAGCCGCUGAGUCCCCAGCUCCACCAGCUCCACCAGCUCCCCAAUGCAAUGGCGACGACUGCGGCGGAUCUGGUAGCCAGUCCCCUGGCACAUCUGCUCCAGCUGCUGGCAACACUCCAGCCGCACCCGGAAGCAGCGGCGCCGCUAGCCCACCAGAAUGCAACGGCGAUGACUGUGGCGGUGCUGGUAGCCAGUCCCCCGGCACAUCUGCUCCAGCUGCUGGCAACACCCCAGCCGCACCAGGAAGCAGCGGCGCCGCCAGCCCACCAUACCCAACCACCACCAGCAUCCAAUGUCCAGGCCCAGAGUGCCGCGCCAAGGCGACUGGCGGUGCUGCAGCUCCAGUCCCAAGCGGUGGCAGCCCAGUCAGCCCAGGUGAUAGCGGCAGCGGUAGCGGCAGCGGCAGCAGUGCAAGCAGCUCUGCUCCCAUCGAGCCCGCCCCGAGUGGAUACGAGGGCGCUGCUGCGAGCAUCCACGCCGGAUACCUCGCUUCGAUCGCGCUGUCCGUCAUUGUUGGCGGGCUCGCGUUUGCACUAUAG